AUGCCUGCCUUGACACUCCACCUCCUCGCUUUCAACGAUCCUACCUUGGACGCAAAAGUCUUCGUCAACCAGCUCAAAGUCUCACCCGGCGUGCACGUCGUAGUAGCUUCUCGUCCCCGCCAUGUCGUAGUCCAACCUACAACCCUCGACACCAAUCCCCUCCUCACCCAACGAUGGGAUCUAAUGCUCCUUCUACAGCCAACCCAGCAACAACAACAGCCAUCCAUCAUCCCGUCCUCCCUCCAAUCCGCCAUCAGCGCCGAGUACCGCAUCCUCGCCGGUAUCCCGUCCAAGCUACUCACCAGCUUCCCCGAGCGCGAUGCGAACCUCAAACACCAAGCCCCGCCGCCAUUAACAGGCUCUCUAGACGAGAUCCGUCGCAGCAGCAAAGAAUCCUCGCAGAACCUCGAAGUGUCUCCCGAGCUCCUCGCUUUCAUGGACAAACUGACCGUCGAACAUAACAAACCCGUGACGAUGCUGAAUCUACUUCAUUUCCAUCACCCCGACGGCAAAAAGAACUACUUCCAAUACGGCCAGGCAUUCAUCCCCGUUGCCGGCAAACGCGGCGGAAACGCCAAACUCGUCGGCAACGUCGUCAAGCCGCCGUCCGCUGCGCAGAACGAUUCUCGUGCGCGCUAUGAUCAGCCUGAGCAGGAGUGGUGGAAUGAGAUCUCCAUUGUGCAUUACCCGUCUAUCCGCCACUUUUGCGAUAUGCUGGCGGGAGCGGAUUACCAGCAGAUCAAUGAGAAGCAUCGGCUCAAGGCACUGAGGGAUACGUUUUUGCUGUGUACGACGGAGUUUGAUGUUGAAGAGGGGCGUCCGAAGCUGUGAUUGUAGCUUGUAGCUUGUGGUUAGUGUUAGUUGGUUAAUAUUAAUGUCAAUUGAUACAGUUUGAGAAUAGUUGAUGUAGUUUAAGAACAGGCAAUGGACGGUAGCGUGAGCAAUGAAUGUUGCCGAAAGGAGGAGCGGAAUGUGGUGGACUGGUCGACCCGCCGCAGCACGUCAGGCACGGAAGGCACGUACGUCCAAGCUGGACGCGACUACCGCGCCGAGACUAGAUUGAUUGAUC